AUGCCAGUGGGUUUGGGUGGAGCGGAGGGGGGCAUGGGUGGUGGAGAGGGAUCACAGAGUGGUGGGGAGGGUGGAGGGGAGGAGUCACAGGGUGGAGAAGGUGUGCUUGAAGGUGGGGGGGGAAGAGGGGUUAGUGGGGGUGGGGAGCACGGUUUUGAGGAGAGAGGGUUCGAGAUUCAUGGGAGUGGGGAGUUCAGGGGUGGGGUCAAGGAAUAUGGAAGAGAGGUUGGGGUUGGGGAGAGUGGAGAGUGGAGUCGGAGUGUAGGGGUGGUGGGAGUUGGGUUUCGGGGAAGGUGGGAUCUGGGUUGGUGA